CUCUGGUCUUAUGUUGACUACUUUUUGGGUUUAAUUUCUUUCUAAGAUUGUACAUUGUUCAUCCGUCCACAGGAUGUCGCUAUUCUAACUCAGAAUCUUAAGUUUUUCUUUGGUAUUGCUGUUUGCGCUCGGCUUCCCCUAGUGGCGACUUGCUGUAAGCAGCAGGCAGAAAGAACUUUUUAUUUCAGUUGGAAAAGAGGCCUUGAGGUGUUAAGACGUUGCACACCUCCUCUGCACCAUACAUCGUUGGGAACCCUUGACAAAACAAAAUCUUUUUACCACACACACACACGCACACGCACGUUCACGCGAAGAAAUAAAUGAGAGGAAGGAGUUUGGGCCUCCAUUUUUCUUUGUUGGUUUAGCUCGCUGCCAAAGUCGAGUAGCCAUACGCUCGGCUGAGGGCAGAAGAGUAAAAAGAUUUUCAACACAUCAAGCACCCAAGAUGUCUCAGCAAGAAGUUUCACCACCUAUCAGCCAAGUGGUCACCAGGUCGGAGGCCAGUCAUUCUCAUUCUUCACGCCGGUCCAGAACGAGUCAAGCUGCUGCACAAGCACGAGCAGACGCCGAAGCUGCCUACGCCAGAGCACGGUACGCCAAACGCCAAAUCGACAUGGAGGUCGAGAAGGCACGCAUCGAGGCAACACUACACGCUCUGAAGACGGAAGGUGAAGCAGAAGCAGCGCUCGCCGCAGCUAAAGUUUGGGAGGCGACUUUCGAAGAAGAGGAGCGCGCCAAAGUCGACCUCAGCGAGCAAGGGGUAUUUUCCAAGACACCCCCCUCCAUCAGGCGUGCACAAGAGUAUGUGCAUGCUCACUUUGACGACCAGCGUGUCCAAGCAGAUGGCACACAAACGCCAAACAAUGAGCACCUGGUUAGGCACAAUGACUCUCAACAACCAGAAAAUAGCCCAAAAUCAGCUGGUGCUUUUCCACAUGUGCGUCACAUCGACAUCGCUGACGAAGAGCAUCUCCAAUCUCAUCGUGGGAGAACGGACAUCUCACACCAGCCUACACCUUCAGCAACCCCACAAAGUGAACUGUCCAAUUUAGCAGCCUAUCUAGCACGGCGUGAUCUGCUGACAUCGGGGUUCAAGGUUUUCGACAACCGGCCAGAGUCCUACCUGUCCUGGAAGUCCAUGUUCUGCAACGCGACGGAAGGCCUCAAUCUCAAGCCCAGCGAAGAGCUCGACCUUCUCACCAAGUGGCUCGGCGGGGAGUCUCUUCAACACGCUCAGAGGAUCAGGGCGGUCCACGUGAGUAAUCCACAGGCAGGUCUCCAACGUCUGUGGCAGCGGCUAGACAAGACUUAUGGCUCUCCAGAGGUAAUUGAAUCCUCACUCUUCCAACGGUUGCAGACUUUUCCAAGAAUCUCCAACAAAGACACUCACUUACUGCAGGAGCUUGCUGAUCUUCUGUUAGAGCUAUCGUAUGCCAAAAGUGAAAGUUAUUUGCCGGGUCUUAGCUUUCUCGACACACCAAGGGGCAUAAACCCGAUAGUUGAAAAACUCCCAUAUGGACUCCAGGAGUCAUGGGUUACACAAGGUACCAAAUACAAAAGGGAAAACGGUGCAGUCUAUCCACCUUUUUCGUAUUUUGUGCGGUUCGUAAAUGACUACGCUGAAAUGAGAACAGACCCUAGCUUUAUGUUACAGUGUUCAAACGUAAUAAAUCCAAGGGUUGAUAAGACAUCAGUAAGACGAGACAAAUACAGAGUUCCAUUGGCGGUGAAUAAAAUAGAGAUCAGUCCGGCUAAAUUGACAGCACCCGAUCCAGACAAACAAUGUCCUAUCCACCAAAAACCACAUUCACUCGUCAAAUGCAGGGGGUUUAGAAUGAAAACACUAGACGAAAGAAAGAACAUUCUCAAAGAGCACGCCAUUUGUUUUAAAUGUUGUGCGUCCACAAAUCACAGGGCUCGAGACUGUAAAGCUAUUAUCCAAUGCUCAGAAUGUGAUAGCGAUGCUCAUGUGUCUGCCAUGCAUGUCGGUCCACCUCCAUGGACACCUCAAGACUUUAAUCCCCCAACCCAGAGUCACGGCGGGGAGUCUGAGGGCCCAAAUCCUGUGAACACAGCCAGUUGCACAGAAGUAUGUGGGCAAGGCGUAAAAGGAAAAUCAUGCUCAAAGAUCUGUUUAGUUAAUGUAUAUCGCCGAACUUCUCCAGAAAAGAAAAAGAGGGUAUAUGCCAUGUUGGAUGAUCAGAGCAAUUCAUCCUUAGCCAGAUCUGCGUUUUUUGACAUGUUUAAUGUGCAAAGUACCAUAUUCCCAUACACCAUGAGAACAUGUGCAGGUUUAUCAGAGACACGAGGUCGCAAAGCUGAUGGCUUUGUUGUAGAAGAUGUAGAUGGUAAGGUCUCCAUGAUGCUGCCUACAAUAACAGAAUGUGAUCAGAUUCCAGAUAAUAGAGACGAAAUUCCCAGCCCUGAGGUAGCAGCAGCUCACCCUCAUUUGCGAUCAAUCGCUUCACAGAUUCCUCCUCUCGACCCAUCGGCAGACAUUCUUCUGCUCCUGGGAAGGGACAUCAUUCAGGCUCAUAAAGUUCGUGGUCAGGUAAAUGGGCCAAACAAUGCACCUCAUGCCCAGCGUCUCGAUUUAGGAUGGGUUGUCAUAGGUGAUGUCUGUCUCUCUGGAGCUCAUAAACCCACAUUGAACUCAUUUAAGACGAACGUUCUAAACAGUGGACGUCCCACGUUCCUCAGUCCUUGCGAAAACACAAUCGUUAUCAAAGAGAAAUACACCAAAAACGAUCCACUAAACACACAAGCGGAACUAGGACAACAUAUUUUCCAACAAACAACAAAUGACGACAAAGUUGCACUUUCGGCAGAAGAUGCGUUGUUCCUAGACAUUAUGCACAACAACUUUGCUAAAGAUGAGGCGAAUAACUGGGUAGCUCCACUUCCAUUCCGCUCACCUAGGCGGCGCCUACCUGACAAUCGGGAGCAGGCCUACAAUCGUUUAAUGUCGCUCCGCAAAACGCUGAGAAGAAAACCUGAAAUGAGAGCGCAUUACGCUGAGUUUAUGGAGAAAAUAUUCAGCAAGGGCCAUGCCGAACCAGCGCCCGCACUGGCGCCAGAUCAAGAGUGCUGGUAUCUCCCUAGUUUUGGCGUUUACCACCCGCAAAAGCCAGAAAAAAUUAGGGUAGUCUUUGAUUCGAGUGCUCAACUUGACAAUGUUUCUCUCAAUGACGUGCUCCUCAAGGGACCAGAUCUUAACAACACUCUCGUAGGAGUUCUGAUGCGGUUUAGGUCCGACCCAUACGCCGUUAUGGCAGAUGUGGAGCAUAUGUUUCACAACUUUGUAGUACGAGAAGACCACCGUAACUACCUUCGUUUCUUGUGGUUCCAAAAUCAUGACCUUGAUGGAAAAGUGCAAGAAUUUAGGAUGACUGUCCAUGUGUUUGGUAAUUGUCCUUCCCCAUCAGUCGCCAUCUUUGGACUGAAAAGAACAGCCAUAGAAGGAGAAAUGGAAUUUGGCAGUGACGCAAAAGAAUUCAUUGAACGGCACUUCUAUGUAGAUGAUGGGCUAAAGUCAUUCUCUUCCAUAGAGCAGGCCAUUGAUGUUCUUAGUAGGGCACAGAAGAUGCUGGCUCAGUGUAACAUACGCCUGCACAAAAUCUCAUCCAAUUGUCCUCUCAUAACAGGAGCCUUUCCAACCGAAGAUCGUGCUGUAGGCAUGCAAGGUCUUGACAUUGGGCAGACUACCCCACCAAUGCAGCGCAGUUUGGGCUUAGGAUGGGAGCUGUUGACUGACCAAUUCAAGUUCCAAGUAAGAGUAAAUGAAAGGCCGUUCACAAAAAGGGGAGUUCUGUCAGUUAUCAACAGUGUGUUCGACCCACUUGGUUUUGCUAUUCCAACAUCACCAUACCCCGACUUGAACUCUGUGCAGCAGUCCUGGCCGUGGAAGUAG